GGAUACCAGUAACCAGCGCCUCCUACUACGCCACGGUGACUCUAGAUGAAGUUCGGGAUAUAUUUCGUUCAGAUACAGCCGUGCCCAUGCCUUUACUAGAAGAGAGGCAUCGAAUUCUCAACGAAACUGGGAAGAUUCUGCUGGAGAAGUUUGGAGGCUCUUUUCUUAAUUGUGUCCAAAAAAGUGAAAAAAGUGCACAGAAGCUAAUGCGCCUGGUUGUUGAAAAUUUUCCUUCUUACAGAGACGAGGCACAGUUUGAGGGGAAAAGGAUUUCCUUUUACAAACGAGCUCAGAUCCUUGUGGCGGACACGUGGAGUGUGUUGGAAGGAAAGGGUGACGGCUGCUUUGAGGACAUAUCCAGCAUCACCAUGUUUGCUGACUACAGACUGCCUCAGAUUCUUGUUUACCUUGGUGCCCUGAAAUACUCGGACGAUCUGCUGAAGAGGCUCCAUAGAGGAGAAAUGCUCUCGAAUGGAGAGAGACAAGAGGUGGAAAUUAGAGGCUGCUCGAUUUGGUGUGUUGAGCUGAUUCGGGAUUGUCUUCUGGAGCUUCUUGAAAAAAGGGGAGAGAAACCGCAGGGUGAGGUCAACUCCGUUCUUCUGGAUUAUUACCUGUGGGACUAUGCCCGAGACCACAGGGACGACAUGAGAGGAAUUCCAUUUCAUCGCACACGCUGCAUUUAUUACUGACCCUGAAUGUAAAUGGGUCCAGUGGAAAUAAUUGCACUUUUAGAUCAUACAGUCAUUUGUACAAUCUUGGUUUGAUAUAUAGAAAUUAUAGGAAUGGGUAAUUGACUAUCCAGUCUUAGUUCCCCCCCACACACACACACCUUGGCAUAUCAUUGUGUAUCCCACAACCUCAUAAUUGUAUAGCAUAGUCUUCAAACGAUAAUACCCAUGUCUCUAGUUGGUAGCUUUCUCAACUUGUAGUCAUUUUCUUCCUCUUUCCAUUUUUUGUAUUUUUAUGGUCCUGGGGAUCAAACUUAAUGACUUUGUGUAUGCUAGGCAAGUGCUCUACCACUGAGUCACGCCUAGCUUAGUUAUUUUCUAUGUGCUAUAACAAUUUAAUAUUAGAUGGAGUAUUGUUUUUAUUAAAAUAACUUACUGUGCUUGGUAUGGCUGCACACGCAUGUAAACUCGGAAGGUAGAGCUGAGGAAUCGUGAGUUCUAGGCCAUCCUGAACUAUCUGAAAAAUCAAAAGUGCUAAAGAGACCGCUCCCCAAUUAUGGACAUUUGCAUCUCUUGUAGAGGACAUGAGUUUGGUUUCCAGACCCACAUUGGGCACUAACAACUACCAGUAACUCUAGUUCCAAGAGAUCCAGUGCCUUCUGCUGGCUUAUACUGUAACCCACAUAUGUGUGCACACACGCACAUACACACAAAGUAACUCAAAAAACAGGGCUAUGAAUGCAGUACAGUUGGUAGAUUGCGUGCCUACCAUGAACAAGGGCCUGAGUUCAGUUCCCAGCACUCUAGAAUACUAAGUGUGUGGCGUUGCACACCUGUAGUCCCAGCACUGAGGAGAUGGAGUCAGGAAGGAGACAUUCAAGGCCAUCAGCCUCAGCCAGAUAGUACAAACCUAACCUAGAAUACGUUAAGAACUUGCAUUAUUUUAAGUACAGCAUUUUAAUUCUUUGAGAAUAUUAAAUCAUGUACUGAUCAUAUUUACCCCCAGUCCACUCUUACCUCACCACCCACCUCAAGACCUUGUCUUAGAAAAAAAUUAAAAAGGUCAAGCUUGGCAUUUUAUUUGGGGCUUUUCAUUGGUAAUAGUGAGUUUUGAACAUAGUGGCUUUCCAGUGUUGAAUAUCUGUUCGCCUUAGUAUUUGUCUUUAGAGUUUACUGGAAUUAAUAAGAUCUCUGAAACUUUCCUUAACCCUGCAGUGGAAUAUUAUCACUAAGAUAGACUUUUCCAGGUGUAAUUUUAGGAGACUUAGGGUGGGGUGCUUUCCUGUCACAUAGAUAAGUGCUGAAGCUCUGGUGCAGCUGGUUAGUGCAGGGAGAUGAAUGCCCUCGCACUCUCAACCCUUCCUUCUCACUGUCACCACAUAGAUGGGGGUUACUCUGGGUCCAGGCACCUUACUGCCAUCUGCUGGACACGUGGCGGUCACUGCAUGUGGAGGGGUCUCCUGACUUGAGCAGUGCACAGCUUUACUAAGUAGCUGGUGCCUGUCCCUCCUGGUGUGACUCAGGAGCUGGUGAAUCCUGUGCCCAUCCAGAGGUGGGUGUGAGGCACUGUCAUCCUGUCUCCUUGUUUGUGACCAGGAAGGACACAGGGAUGUGUCUCUUCUCUGAGAGAUAGUCUGUCAAAGCAUGGCAGCUGAGACAAUAGUAGCCUUUGUUUUUAUUCCAUUCAGUGUUGGGAAUGGGACCCAGGGCCUCUGGCAUUCUGUGGGCAAGCACGCUACCACAGAGCCACAUCCUCCCCUCACUGUAGCCAAUUUGAGGACCCAGAGCUCUGCUGUACCUGUGGUUGGUGCCUGUUCUGCUGGUGAGCUUCAUGCUUGGGAUAAAAACACAUUACAUUUUAA